UGAAACUACAAUACCCACAACCCCUUUUCAGUGACAGGCAGGCGGUAGUGACUUCACAGGGCUCCAGGGAAAGUAGCAUGGCGGCGGGUGUAGCGUGGUGGACAGAGAGAAACUUGGAUUAUUGAAGCUGCUGUUGCCACGUUCAUGGGUGCCACUUUGAUAGGAUAGAGAAGCCGUUUCCUGCAGGAUGAUACGAAGAUCUAGAAUUAGCGUGAGGCCAAACGUAAGGCCGGGUGGUAGGGGCCUGUCUUCUUCAUCUCAAGAACCAAAGCCAGCAGGAGAGGCUCCUCCUGGCUCUCCGAAAGCCCAAGAGAAAAGAGACAUUGCUGGUAGAGAGCCCCAGGAUGAAGCACUCAAAGCUGGGUCUGAGAGUGCACCACCACCUCCCCCCUUAGCUGAAGACGCUCGAGCUGAACAGCAAGCUUCCCUUAACCAGGAGGAAAAGAACCACAAUGUGAAGGCCUCUGGUAGCAGUAUUCCCACUGCUACUCCCAUACAGAGAAGAAAACGAAUCUCUGCAAUGCCAAACGUAGCCAAGCCCAGAACUGCACAGCCACAAGCCAGAACACCCCGUCCAGCGACUUCAGGCACUGCAAAGAAUAAAGAGCCCACUCCAAAGGACAGCGCAGUGUUGGAGAACACUUCCCCACAAACUCUCCCCAAGUCACCAGGCCGGAGAAGGGCCUCCACAGGGCCGCAGCAGCUGAAGGUGCCUGAUAAGAAAUCUGGAAAUCUAAAGGAAGUGAAAACUGCCCCAGCAAGUCAAGAGCCAGCUGCUGAUUCAAACCGGAGCAGGAAUGAUGAAACACAGCAGACACACAACGGCUCCUCUCCUAAAUUAAAAACCUCUCAGGAUAGCUUCUGUAUAGACGACCACCGGCCCUCGCCAGAAUAUUCUUCUGGUAAACUGAAAGCCUCACAGAAUGACAUCUGUAUAGAUGACCACCACCCCCAUCCAGAAUAUUCUCCUGGUAAACUGAAAGCCUCACAGAAUGACAUCUGUAUAGAUGACCACCUCCCCCAUCCAGAAUAUUCUUCUGGUAAACUGAAAGCCUCACAGAAUGACAUCUGUAUAGAUGACCACCACCCCCAUCCAGAAUAUUCUCAGGGUAAACUGAAAGACUCUCAAAACAGCACUUGUAUAGAAGAAAAGCAAAGGCAACCUGAAUCUUCAUUACCGCUUAAAAAGAGCACUGCUUCCUCGGACCGGGAGAGGAUCAUUAAAGCCAGAAAGCUUCGAGAACUCCUUAAAAAAGAGAUCAGAAAGGAAAAGAAACAACAGAAGGGGAAGACCCCUGAUUUUGAAUUCAACGCCCCAGUGGACCGUUCCAAAAUGACAAUGAGGGACUUUAUAUACUAUUUGCCAGAGAACAAUCCGAUGAAGUCUUCCCUAGAGGAGGAGAGAAGAGAAAUUGAGAAAGUGAUUGGGCCAAUGCCCUCCAAAGAGCCAGCUAAUAAAGCCCCUUUGCCCCCCCCUGUGAGGGACGAAGAUGAAGAUGAUAAUGAAGAGGAGGAUGUGGAGCAUGUCCAAGAUGAUCAGGUUCUGGUUCCCAGAGUGAAAGUAGCAGAAGACGGCUCUAUUAUUAUUGAUGAAGAAAGUUUGACAGUGGAGGUUUUGAGAAUGCAGGGUCCUAACGUGGUGGAGGAGAACGAUCCUGUUUUUGAGCGAGGUUCCACAACAACGUACUCCAGCUUCAGGAAAUCCACUCACACCAAACCUUGGACCAAUAGAGAAACUGACAUGUUCUUCUUGGCUAUCAGCAUGGUGGGAACGGAUUUCUCCAUCAUCGGUCAGCUGUUCCCUCACAGAGCCAGAGUAGAGAUCAAGAAUAAAUUUAAAAGAGAAGAAAGAGAAAAUUCCUGGAGGAUAGAUAAAGCAUUCCGAGAGAAAAGGCCGUUCGAUUUUGAGUUUUUCAGCCAGCUGCUUGAGAGGAUCCUCAAAGAUGAUGAAAAGAAACGGCUUAAUAAGAACAAGGUUACACUUGGAAAAAAGCCAGCCAAUCCCAAACGGAGAAAAAAAGAGAAGAAAGCUGACCAGAACAAGGCCCCUGACGGGGGUGGAUCAGUCGAGGUGUCAGACAGUGAGGUUGCGGAGGGAGAGGCAGAUGCAGAGACAGCGGAGAAGGAGAACGAGGACUCCCUCAAUGUGAAUGAAGGGGAGGCGAGCACUGCUGGAGAUCCGGAUGCUAAAAAGAAAAGGAAACGCAAGAAGAACGAUGCAGAGUCCGGCGGACCAGCAACGAAAAAGCCAUCUGAAGACUCAUCAGAGAGGCAGCAAAAGAAGGCGAAAAAGCGUAAACGGAUAAAAUCAGUGGAAAUCUGUGAGGACUCUGAAGAGGUAGAUUAUGAAAACAUGCCUCCUCUUGAAGAAAGCCCAGGCAGCUCACCUUCUCGGAAGGAAGACUCGGACACACCAGAGGUAGCUGCACAGAUAAAGAAGCAGCAGAUUGAGGAGGAAGAUGUCAGUGGCCCGGCAGAGGAGACUGCAGGACCAGAAGCUGCAGAAACACCCAAGCUGGGCCAACGUUCACGGCUGCAGAAACCAAAACCCUGCCUCAAACUGGCAACCAAGAGGGGGGCAAAAGCUGCUGUCGACAAACCCAAUGAGCUUUCACAGGCGUCACACUUUAUAAGCCAUGAACAAGCAGCUGAGCCCCACUAUAUAGACUCUGCCAUUGAGGGUACAGCAACGUCACAUCUGAAGAGGAGUACCACUCGAGACCGGCAGCCCUCCAGUGGCAUUCAGGAGACAGAGGAGGAGGAACAUGAUAUUACUGCCAUUCAAAAGAAAAUGUUACACAAGCCCACUAGAUCCGGAAGAAUACCUAAAUUGUCCUCGCAUCUGAAACAGCCCGAAGAUGAUGAACCUCCAGCAGCCUCGCCCCCUGCCUCCCCACCCUCGGAGGCAGCCUCGCCCCCUGCCUCCCCACCCUCUGAGACAGCCUCGCCCCAAAGGAGAGGAAGAGGUCGUCCUCCACAGUCCCAGAAACCUAAACCCAGCACCCUGAAGGGGAGGGAUCAGAAGAAGGACCCGAGACCCGGGAAGACCGCGCUGGUGACCUUGAGGGCAUCUGUGAAAGAGACUGAAGAGAAUUCAGAUGAGGAGGGAGAGUCAGUAAUGGAGGAGGAAGGGGAUUCCUUUUCCAUGAACCCAGAGGAGGUGAACCAGGCCCCUGCGUUUGUGCCCGUCAGCCUGCGCUCGCCAGCGCCCGUCCCAGCUCAGGUGGAGGAAACAAUGGAGGAGCUGGAACUCUCAGUCAGUGUCCCUGACACGCGUUGUACUAUUGAACCAGAGCACCUGCACCACAGUGACAGUGUGUGCAGCCAGUCACUAGACCAGAGUCCAGUGGAGGCAGCAGUCACAGAAAACUGCUUGCAUUUAUUGGUAGAUGUGGUUGAAGUUUCCACUCCAGAGAAGGAUGAAGGUAACAAAGAUAACUCUCUGCCAGUGAAUGAUAGCAAUACAGACUCUGAUAGGAGCUGUCUGGAAGUGAAGAAGGACCUUGUGUCUCAGCCUUCCUCUGCAGCCGGUCCUGGAGAUAAUGGUUCAGGUGUCAGUGAGGAGCCUCCAUGCCAGGCACUGAAACCUGGGCUCGUGGAGGUGGAAAAGGCAGCCACAGUGAGCCAGGAUUCAGUGCAGCCUGCCCAUUCUCAGGCUGUGACUUGUGAGGCCACUACUCAGGUCCUUCAUGAAGCUCCUUCAGAGACACCAAGCGAGGAGACGGCAGGGAGUGCACAGGCAUUAAGAGACCCAUGCACACUGGAUGAAGCUGCCAACACCAUCGGUGUUGUUAAUGCACCUGAAGUAUCUCACGGUUCUGAGACACCGAGCCAAAACCAGGAGAGAGGCAGACGAAGCAGGUUCCCAAAGCCUAAACCCAACCUGGGUGGAAAAACAACACAGCCCAGGAGUCUCAAGACUAAACCCCCCCAGAGUGACUCGGGACAGGACAGCUGUGAUAAAGGAGAUGCAUCACGGAAGGCUGAAGUGCACAUUGUUCAACAAAAGCCUGCAGAGGAAAAAGAGAGUGAAGUUGACAGCUGUAAAGAUGAAGGAGUUUCAAAAGAACUGAGGGAGGUCAAGGCAUCAUCUUUAUCAUCCUCUGAAGAGGGACUGAGAAAAGAUGGCACUAAUAUUGUUGUUAAUGCACCUGAAGUAUCUCACGGUUCUGAGACACCGAGCCAAAACCAGGAGAGAGGCAGACGAAGCAGGUUCCCAAAGCCUAAACCCAACCUGGGUGGAAAAACAACACAGCCCAGGAGUCUCAAGACUAAACACCCCCAGAGUGACUCGGGACAGGACAGCUGUGGUAAAGGUGGUGCAUCAAGUAGCCCUGCAGUGGACAUUGCGCCUCAUUGUACUGUAGAUGGCAAGAAGUGUGACAGCAGCAGAGAUGAAGGUGUUCCAGAGAAACUGGGUGACAAGGACUCAUCAUCCUCUGCAGAAGGACUGAAACAAGAUGACACUAGCAUAAGACCUGCAUUGGAAAGUCUGCCUAAACCAACAGGUGAGGAUGAAAGAGUUGAGAAAAGACCAGCAAAGGCACCACUUCGAAGACCUAAACCUAAUCUCAGUGGAAAGCUCAGAAGCAGGAUCCCUCCAGAGAAGGAUGCCUCUGCAGCAGCCAGCACUGGACAGGAACAAAAUGCCAUUCCAGAGGAUGGAACGGUUUCAACAUUGGAUUCUCCUGUAUCAAAAAAGGCUGAAGUCAGAAGCCCCAAAGCUGAUGAAAAUCCCAGUACAUCAGUUAUCUCACAAAACACAGAAGGGAGCCUUGCAGCAAAUGAAUUCCCACAGCAAGAACCAACUUUUAUACUUACAUUGUUUGAAAUCCCACCUUCCUUGCUGGGGGAGUAUGAUGACAGCACAAGUUCUUUGAGCACAAUCUCAGCAGAGCUUCUCUCCUCCCCUGUGUUUGUAGAUCAUGUGCCUGCAGAACUCCCUGAAACACAGAGUCUAGUUUCAGAAGCAGUGGAAGUAGAGUCCUACUCAAUGUCUGGAUGCACUGAGGAUGCAGGGAUAGUUUCCUUGGAUCAGUUUUCACAACCUGUCUACAGGAGUGGUGAAGAGGAAAAACCCAAAGAACUUCCUGCAACUUCGGCACAUGUGAAAGAUCUCACGACAGACUUGGGUGACGAGGAAUAUGUGAGCAUUACCUUGGAGCCAGUGGAGGAUUUCCCAGCAGCUGCUGAAGCUGACAGUGCUGAGACGAGCAGCAAUGCCGUUCAGCAAUCCAGGCAAAAGAACAAACCGCCAGGGAGGGCAAGAAGAGGAAAGCUGCAUGUAAAACCCAACACCUUGAAAAAGAAGCCUGCAGUGAGCACUAGGGCUCGUGGGGCUUUGAAGGUUGUGCACAUAGAACCACAAGAGCGCCCCCUGCCAGCAGAGACUGCCAGCUGUACACCUCUUCCACAACCUGCAGAGCAGCAGAUUACACAAGAGCGCCCCCUGCCAGCAGAGACUGCCAGCUGUACACCUGUUCCACAACCUGCAGAGCAGCAGAUUACACAAGAGCGCCCCCUGCCAGCAGAGACUGCCAGCUGUACACCUGUUCCACAACCUGCAGAGCAGCAGACUACACAAGAGCGCCCCCUGCCAGCAGAGACUGCCAGCUGCACACAUCUUCCACAACCUGCAGAGCAGCAGACUACACAAGAGCGCCCCCUGCCAGCAGAGACUGCCAGCUGCACACAUCUUCCACAACCUGCAGAGCAGCAGACUACACAAGAGCGCCCCCUGCCAGCAGAGACUGCCAGCUGCACACAUCUUCCACAACCUGCAGAGCAGCAGACUACACAAGAGGAGUGUAGCCAGCAUGAAGGAAAAGAGGCCAGCAAUAGCAGUGUGAAAACCGCAGAACCAAGCAUUGAAAACAUUGGUGCAGGAGAGCACCUGACUCCCAGCACACCAAACACACUACCUCCUUCUGGAACCCCAUUAAUAAGGCCUGGACGGAAACCCAAAGGGUUUUUAUCUUUCAUUUCCCAGAAGAGUAGCUCCGAUAAUGCCCCUAAGCCUCACCGGACAUCAUCCCAGAAACCACAGAUUAAUACUGCUAGAUUAGAUAGAAAAAGGACAGCUAGUGCCCCUGCAGUGGAUCUCUCCUCUGAGUCCUCCGCAGUGAGCCCACCUUCAGCAGGAAUCGGAUUGUGUGCGUCCAGCAGCAGCACUCCAGCAGCAGAGGGAGUCGGCAGCACAUCAUCUCAUUUAAUACAUUUUCCCAUGACGGAAAGCUGCUCCUCAGAGCCUCACAUAGAGGAGGUCUUCUGUACCAAGAACUCUGCAGCAGAUGAAGAGCCAACCAGCAUUUCACAGUACUUCUUUAGUGACAUCUUCACAGAGGUGGACGAUCCAGAUUGAUGAUGUGAAUCGUUAUUGAUACUGUGAUCUGGUUGUGGAAUAUAUAUAUAUAUAUGUGUGUAAUUAUUAUUAUUAUUAUUAUUAUUAUUUUUUUGAUCGGUUAAUCAUGCAAUCUAUGAUCGGUUUCAUUGAUUAAUCACACCUGUUGGCUAGUGAUAUGAAACUGUAUUGAAAGAAUUACAAGUAAUACAAAGCUUUACUUGUUAUGGGAUCAACAGAGAGCUCGGGAGAACGUUUUCUAUUGAGAUUGAGUGGAGCGGUGGCUCAUGCGCAGAAAGCAGAGAUUAGAGUUGCACACAGCAGCAAUUAUAACAGUAGAUUUGUUGAACGUCAGUUUGUAUAGAUUUUCACCAUUUAUUCGAAAUUCACUGAUAGUUUUCUUCUCUAAGUAUAAAAAAACAAUAAAUUAAUGAAACAAAGACCCUUGCUUAAUUGAUUACCACUUUGCAAUAUUUAUUUGAUUAAACUUUAUUGCAAAAAGAGAAUUAUGAAUUCCGGAAUCUAUCAAGCUAAUUAUUUAAUGUAGGUCACCUGAUAUUUCAUUACGGUAAUUUAAAAAUAGCGACUCCAGUAGCCGAAGUACAUUUGCAUUAUUACAGCAAAAUAUAAUGCCCAUUACCAUCCUACUGCAGUAAAAAGUAUGUUGCUCAUGUAAAUAUGAUCCUGCAAUCACAUAACGUUUCUACACAGCAACAGAAAACCUGCUUUUCAAAAAGAUAUGGGAACUUUACCGAAAACGUUGAAACUUUAACCAAAUCCAAACGUAAUCGCCAAUGAAAGGACUCGCUGGGUUAGAAUGAGAAAGACAUUAAGGAAUUCGAAGCAUAAUCUACUGCGCUUAAAACAAUGAUUAAGUAAAGUAUUCAAAUUACUUUUUAUGGACUUCAGAAUUAAUUAACAGUAAUGAUAUUGAAAUCCUCUCGUCAAGUUUACUGAUGCAGAACGGUACUUGAAGGGCUCUGUCGUGUCCCUUGUUAGGUUUGCUUGUUUGUUUGUCUUUUUGUUUAAGGUGACUUGCAGCUGUCUUUACUGUAGUACAUGUUGUAAAUACUGUGUAAAUAUGUUGUUUUAAUUUAUUUUUUAUUGAACACUUCAUUAAAAGCAUUGACUCAAAAACAGCACUUGACGGAGUUGAAAGCUGUCUCUGCCAGUUAUUUACAUGCUGAGUCAUAUCCAAGGGACAGAAACGAUUAUAUUUGUGAAUGAACCACUAAAACCCUUAUUUAUAUUCUGUAUACAAGCAAUUGUGUACUUAUGUAAGUAUUUUAGAUAUGCGGUAACAGUACUAUUUAUAUGUUGUUGUACCUAAUUACACAUCUGGAUAUUAAUGGAUGCUGUAAAUCUCUCUAGCUACAUAACCUAGCUUUGAAAAUUGAAAUUGGUUUAGUUGAAAGCCAUGAGAAGAUGUUUUUAUACACGAAUGUGCCUGUUUAAUUAUAUAAACAUCUGAUUAUUUAACUAGCUUUGCCAAUCAAAAUGGGUUCACACAUUCAGCAGCUGCUGUGCUUGGGACCUCAGACUCUCAGUACUGUUCUUUCAUUUAACGUUCAGACUCUUACACCCCACCACCAAGAAAAAAAGAUAUCAACAUGAAAUGGUUCCAUUGUCGCAAAACAAUCUAAAAUGGAACUAUCAUAUCCUGCUAACAGUGUGUAUAUUCGAGGCUGGUGUGUAGGAGCAUGAUGUUGUAUUUGAUUUGUUGGGGAUAUCUGAAAGUAGCCAAAGUGACAUUUAAGAUCUUUGCAUUCAGGAAUUGGAGAAUGUUUCACUUAGUAUGGAAGAAAUACUGAAUAAAUGGUUUCCUUGGACUGUAUAAUAUGUUAAUAAACAGUUUUUUAUUCAAGUGUU